AUGACGGACGAGCGAGCCGAGAGCUACACCUACGACUUCCACGACGAGCAGCACCCCGGCGAGAUGCUGGCCGCCCUCGAGCAGCUCUACGUGGGCGGCGUGCUGACGGACGUGGCCCUGCGGUGCGCCUCCGGGGAGGAGUUCCGCUGCCACCGGGCGCUGCUGUGCGCCGGGAGCCGCUACUUCCGAGCCAUGUUCACGUCGGACAUGAGGGAGCGCUCCGACGGCCUCGUCGGGCUGGCCGGGGUCGACCGCGAGGUCCUGGGCGCCUUGCUGAGCUACACGUACACCGCCCGGCUGCUCAUCACCGAGGGCAACGUGCAGCGCCUGCUGGAGGCUGCGGACCGGCUGCAGUUCGGCCGCGUGAAGGGCGCGUGCGAGGACUUCCUCGUCCGCUUUCUGGACGCGCACAACUGCCUGGGCAUGCACGCGUUCGCCCAGCUGCACGCCUGCCCCGCGCUGGAGAGAGAGGCUCGCCGGGUGGCGCUCAGCAGGUUCGACGACGUCAUCCAGCAGGAGGAGUUUCUGGACCUGGAGCCCGGCAAGGUGAGGGCGGUGCUGUCCGCCAAGAACCUCAACGCGCGGGAGGACGACGCGCUGAUAGGCGCGGUGGCCAAAUGGGUCGCGCACGACUCGGCCGACCGCCUUCGCCACGUGCCAGACCUGCUCGGUUCCGUCCACCUCGACGUGGACGAACUCGGCUUCAAGGCUGCGCUGGACGUGCAGGGGCGCAGCUCGCUGCGCGGCGAGGGGGCCGUCAGGUCCGUCAUCGUGCAGGCUCUGAAGGGCAGGCGCGAGGGGAUAACGGCCAGCAGCGGAAAAGUCUCCCCGAUCUUGUAUGUGGUCGGGGGGUACUACUGGCACCCCCUCUCCGAGCUUCACAAGUGGGAUCCGGCGAGCAACGAGUGGACGCAGGGCAAAGGCAUCCCCGAUCACACCCGGGAGAGCUACAGUGUCGCCAUACUGGGGGCGAAUAUAUACGUGACUGGAGGUUACAGGUCCAACACCGUCGAGGCCCUGGACGCCGUUUCCGUGUAUAACUGCGACCGGGACGAGUGGACGGCGGGCUGCCCUAUGACCACUGCCCGGUACUACCACUGCUCCGUGGCUCUGCGCGGCUGCGUCUACGCCGUGGGGGGGUACAGAGCGGGCGCUCCGGAGCGACGCGCCGAAUAUUAUGACCCCCUGAAGAAGAGGUGGUUCCCGGUGGCCGACAUGAUACAAGGUGUGGGAAAUGCCACUGCCUGCGUAAUGGCAGAUAAUAUUUAUGUGACUGGAGGCCACUAUGGAUACAGAGGAAGCACCACCUUUGAAGAAAUCCAGGUCUACAGGCAGUCUGUCAACGAGUGGAGUAUCAUUACAAUAAGUCCCCAUCCAGAGUACGGCCUGUGUUCUGUGUCUCUCGACAACAAGCUGUAUUUGGUGGGUGGACAGACGGCCAUUGCGGACUGCUAUGACCUGGAGAGAAACGAAUGGAGACAAGUGUCGAUGAUGAAGGAGAGGAGGAUGGAGUGCGGGGCCGUCGUAAUAAACGGGUGCAUUUACGUGACGGGGGGAUACUCCUACUCCAAAGGGACCUAUCUGCAAAACAUCGAGAAAUAUGAUCCCGAGCUGGACAGCUGGGAGAUAGUCGGGACCCUUCCUAGCCCUGCCAGAGGCCACGGAUGCGUCUGUGUUUACAGCGUGUGAUGGGAAUCUCUGAACAAAGCUCGGAUGUGUGAGGUCGUGUGCCAUGAUAUGGGUCGGUAGAGUAACAUUUAGCUGCAUAGCCAGCCCUCGACUGCUUCUCGUGAAG